AUGGUCUAUGAGGAGAUUUAUUCUAUGGGAAUACAGAUAAUAUACUUCAUGAUAGCUGCAAGUCAUAACAAUAUUACGGCACUCGUCAAGUGCAACGCAGCUAAGACUUCGUGUGCUGCUCUUUGCAUUGUUCUUGUGAUAAUGUGUUCGACCCUCUCAGCCUGCGAGGAAGAUGACACGCUAUGUGAUGUUUUGAACCCAUGCACUUAUGCAAAAUGCUCCGAAGAAUGUACCGCGAAGGGUCAAAAGAAUAACAGAAUUGUAGAGAAGGUGAGAUGUGAGGAUCAUCUUAAUCCUAUGGAGUGUUGCUGCACAUUUCGUCGCCGACAACUUCUGCCACAAGUCAACGGUGAUGUUGGAAUUGUUGCUUGCAAAAGAGGAUGA